AUGUCGUGGCGACCGGUCAAACACAUCGUACAUGCUGUAUGCGUGCAGCGAUUCGAAGCGAGUCAUCCGAACGAUAUUGCCCUGGAAAUUGGAGACGAUGUCUAUGUCACCGAAGUGGGUGGCGCCGCUCUCGGGUGGUGUCGAGGAUGGCUACUGUCGCAACCAUCCAUUCUUACGGGUCUGGAAUGUCAGGAUGGCCAAGCACUCAUGCCACGAGCAUAUGCUGGUAUCUUCCCACGCAACUGUAUCGAGGUCCGAGAGGUCUUGACAGAGGAGGACCAGGUCACGGAAGAAGAGAAGGAACAGCCGGACAAUACUCAGGCAAACGGUGGUGCCCAGAACGGCCAUGGUCUCCUAGAACUGUCGACCAAUACGCCGCGCCGAGGAAAAUCGAAGAGGAGGACACGCCUACUGCCACGCAAACCAAACAACGCUCAUCUACUACCCAUCGACGUGCAGCCGAGGCCGGUGGGCGCGUUGAAAGAAGAGGCUCCUCUCCCUGCUCUUCGCAUUGGUGAUGCGACACCUUUCUCUAAUGAGGAACCUCUGGUCGACGAAAUCUCCUCAUGCCUGCGCGAGUGGCAUUCUACUCACGUACAUCAAUUAGUACUCAACCACGAGUAUGAGCUUUUGGAAAAACUGUCAGACCUGGCUGGCAGAUUGGACAAUGCGCGCAAACAGCUAAUACACGACCUUCUGACCGAGAAGGAGUUGGCUUCUUUGCGAGAGAGGACGGUCUGGGAUCUGGUUGACGGAAACAAGCUGCUCCAUGGAGAAGUCAUUGUUAGAAGCCCGCAGGAGAAGGGUCGCAUACUUACUGCGCAAGACAGCAUCCCGGAAAUGUUGGAGUUGCAGGCGCUCAUGAGCAUGCGCGAUAGACCUCCUCCCCCACCUGCUCAAGAGUCCUUGGUUUCGCACUUACUGGUUGAUCUGAAACAAACUGGUGAUAGGAGUAGCGAGCCUGGAGUAUUGCAUAUGUAUCUGUGUCGUCAAGCAUCCGAUGCUGUACCACGCGCUGUGUCCGAGGUCUUUGCCGUCGAAGUGCCUUUCGAUUGUCACUCGCUCGAAAGUCUUACCCCUAAUCAACUGCCAAAGACAUUGUUCACGGACUUGACAAAGGCGGAGAUAGGCAGUGCAACUGAUCCAAGCUCGCAUCUAUACCUGGUCUGCUUGCUUCAUAGAGAAGAAGCUCCCCGGAAACGAGUCAUCGCAGCUUCUCAAGCAACGCCUCAGACAGACAGACCGGAGUCCCACAGUCGAUCAGAAAGUACGGGCGCCCGUCGUAGCUUCCUUUGGGGCAGUCAGCGCGGUCGCAAAAAUCUUGAACGAAGUACUUCUCGAGAUCAAGCACGACCGCCAACUCGGGAGUCAUCACGAUCAAAGAUGAGAGGCCGGCCCCAGACACCCGUUGUAGUAGACGCGCAAGGACGUCCCGCGACAGCUGAAAAGAAAUUGAGACGUGUCAUUGGCUAUGGCGCAGUUGAGAUUGGCGAACUCAUCCGUAAGCAUGGCAACACUACCCAUAGCAUCUCACUCUGGACACCAGCUGAAGCCUUCGAGGAAAUCAUCGAGGAACCUGUUGUCGGUGCAGACGGUUGGGCAGAGGUGAUCAAAAAUCUUGUCCGCAGCCCGAUGGGUAGCUUUACCAAAGCGCCCUCGGUCGGCAAGUUUCAGCUCGAUUUGCAUGCCUUUGCUCAUCCAAACUCCGACGUACUCAUCAAAGAUCAUCCAGCUCUGUUGCGGGAUGUCUACUGUACUCAGGCACUGAACUUGGCUUCUGGAUCAGUCCAACAGCGCAGCGAUGUAUACCUUACUCUCAAAGAGCCCAUCCUGCCAUCUGGUGCCCACUGCUUCCAUCCGCAAGAAGGAAGUGUUGCCAUACCUAACGAAGCGGAAUUGAGAAACUUGCAACUGACUCUCGAAGUGCGGACCGAGGCUGGAAAGCGCAUUGAGAACUCUGUCUGGCCAGCAUCGAAUCGUCCACCGCAUACCGCUUACAGAACCUCGGCUAUCGACCGCAGCGAGAUCUGGAAUCAGACCAUUCGUUUGUCGGUUCUCAACGAAGAUCUCCCACAUGCGCAUGUCGUUCUCAGUAUUGCAGAGGGCAACCAGUUUCCUUUCGCACUGGCCUGGAUACCUUUAUGGGAUCACCAAGGAGCUGUUUGUACUCAUGGUCAGCAGAUACUUGCUUUGUGGGACUAUAGCGAGUAUACCGCUAGUACUGUCCAUGGUAGAGGCGCAUAUCAGAUGCUGCCUUCACGUCUCGACCAGCUCCAGAUACAGGACAAUACUCCGAUGGCUGCAUUGUCGGUAGACGUCACACUCAGCAGCAGUACUACCCCUCAGGACCCGACUAUUAGCUCACUUGUGCAAUGGGAUGGGACGACAGUACAAGGUCUUCUGCCUCUACUGGGAGGAUUCAAGCAGGCCCCAGAUGCGGAAAUUGUCAAGUUCUUCAAACCUGUUUUGACGGCACUUGACAAGAUCUUCGAUGUCUUCUACCGUGUGGAUGAUGACACCGGAACAGGAGUUAGCCUUGGAGAAAAUUUCACUGAGCGAGCAUUGUCAUGCCUAGUUCACAUGCUCCAUCUCACACGCGAUCGUCGAUUCAGUAGUACGAAAGGUCUAUUUGACGAAUACAUCCAGGAGCGGCAACAUUCGCACGAUGCUUCCAAGGGCGUGUGCAGAGCCUUGCGUGCCUUUAUCAGCAGGCCGUACGAGGUCGAGGAUGCACGAGAGCUGCGCAGUACUCUGAAAGUCUCGGGCCAAGUCAUGAAAUUCGUUACGAAUCGGAGCCAAUCUGGAUCACCACGAAGCACUUCGUCACUGAAUAACGCCGUCUCUUCUGUGCUGGUGGCGUUGGUAAACCUGAUGCGUAAUCCAAGAGAAGAUCUAUACGGUACUCAGACAAUCUUGGUGCAACAUUUCUCUUCUUGGCUUCCUGAGCUUGCUCAUGCGAUGAACGCCGAUGAUAUUCUUGAGGUCGUUGAUGGCAUGAUGAAUGCAUCAGCAAGCAAGAAGGGUGGUCUGCGCAUACACAGACUGAUUAUGAUCAAGGAGUUAUCCAGUCAAAACACCUUCUCCGCUCCCAAUGCACUGCUUAAGCUACAUGCUUUGACCAUAGGAUGGCUUGAAAGCUACUGGCCAGAUGCUUCUAACUUGUCUGAGCAAAAGAUAGAGGGUGUCAGAAUGUGUUGUUCGAUCCUACGCACUCAGCAAGCGCAGAUCUCCAACGCUGCACAGUCCUUACAUUACAUCUGGAGACUUAUAGAAGCUUACCACGUCAUCCAUGAAUACCUGGAAAGUGGAGGAAAUGGGAGGGCAUCCUCUCUCUCCGUUAACAAACCGAGGAAGUCUCUGUCCUAUCUCUUUCCGGACCACUACCCCUUCCUGAGUAUGCCUGUGGACGCGACAAAAGUACCUUCUGAGGUUUUGAUGGAACUCGCCGCAGUGCUUGACUCUUUCUUCCAGAAUGGGCCACCACAAGGCCAAAUUUUCUUGAACGGAACUCCAUCUGAUUCGAAGACAAUGCAGCAGGAUUUUUUGCUGAAGGCUUUCAGGGUCUUCAAGUCCAUCCACAAUGGAGAAGCCUUUCCAACGCAGUGGCUUAGUUUGCAUGUCACCCAUGCAAAAGUCGCUGUCAUUGCUCUCCAGUGGUUACUCGAUAUGCUCUCUGCAAACUUUGUGCCCUCUGAAGAUGACAGCGGCGUCAACGAUGUCAUGGAGUUCAACCCUGAUCUAUGGGAACUCUGGUUCCAGAUAUUAAUCGAUCUUGCUUUGAGCAAAACGGUGUCGAUGGAAACUUUCACCGAACAGACAAGACGAGCCAUCUGGACGAUCGGUGGAGAUAUUCGCGCUGAUGCUGCCGACCUACUCCAAAAAGGAUGGGCUUGCUUGGGCUGGCAGGCUCCUCCAGAGUACGUGCAAGUGCUCUAUCCUAUGGAUCGAGUUGGUGGGUAUCAAGUGGGUCUGUCUACUGAGAUCAUUCCAUCUAUUGUCAAAUUAUGUAUGGGGCUUCACGAUCAGCUGCAAUCUGUUGGGCUUGACAUAUUGCGCUCCAUCAUCGUCAGUGAAUGGCAACUGAACGAGAAUCUGGGUGUAGUCCAAGCCGCCAUCAUCAACGCCUUUGACACUAUGCACCGCCAGGAUGCCGCCAUACAGAGCCCGUUCGCGUCCGCUUUCUUGGAACGCCUGGGGAAACACUUUGCUCUUGUCAAAAGUACUGAGCUGAAUGUGCUUUUCGAAGCUGUGAUGGACGUGAUCUCAGAGGUCGGUCGAUUGUUCAACGUACUGGCCGAUUUGGGCGACGUGAGAGACCCUGCUUCUCGUAUGGUACAACUCCUUCGUCUCAUGGAUUUCUUGCGAUUGAGUGGCCAGGAGGAAGCAUACGUGUGCCGAAUCCACGAGCUUACCGAGCUCCAUAUCCAGUCGAAGAACUAUUCUAGUGCAGCAUGUGCACUGAACCUCCACGUCGAGGUACUGAACGAGAGUCAGCCAUUCAGACUCCUUGUUGCAGUGAAGGUACCUGGGCUUGAGACUCCCACAGAGUUAGUGCAAUCACGAAAGGAUCGGCUGUACCGAACCAUGGCCACGUACUUUGAGAAGGGCUACUGCUGGGAGAAUGUUCUCAGAACUCUCAAACAGCUCGCCGGAGGACGUGAAGCCACCUGGGACGCUGCUGGUAUCGCGCAGGUCCGCUUAGACGAGGCACGCAUUUACAACACUUUGGCCGCCGGGCCGGUACCACUGCCCCGGUUCUUCUACGUUGCCUUUAGUGACCAUGAACUCUUCCCAGGGUCUGUACGGGGCCAGCACUUCAUCUUCGAAGGCCCCUCGAACUGCGACAGGAAGAGUUUCUCGACGUUGCUCCAAGUGCAGUAUCCUUACGUCUUGAACCUGGGACCAGACUACACGAAUCCCACAUCAACGACAAACGAUCCGGCUGUCAAGAUCAGUCCUGUCACUGUGUACAAGAAUCAGUUGCAUCCCAUCAAUCAGCAAGGUGGCGUCGCGCCGGGGUAUCGGGAGCACUGUCUGACCGCUCAACCGAUUGCGUUUGCCAUGACAAGCCGCCAUGACAAUCCAUCUAUCAGUGUUAUCGAUCAAGUUGUCGAAAAGACCGUGUUCUACACGCAAACGGCAUUCCCAACAGUAUUGUCUUAUUGCCCCAUCACUCGAGAGGAGCGAGUUGUCUUGACACCGAUGCAAGCAGCCAUCGAUCGCACCCAGCGCAAGACACUGAACAUAGCAGUUGCAACUCACUCCACUGCCAGCAAAGGAGAAUCACAUGUGGAAACACUGAUUGAGACAAUUCAAUCGAGCGUAGACACGAAUACCAGCGGUAGUGUCGCCGAGUACCACAAACUGCUUGAGUCCUUCCAGUCCCGUCCAGGAACAGGCAGCACCGCCAACAACACCAUGGCAGAAGCCCAAAGUAUCUACCGCGACGGAUAUGGCGAGCCAAAGACCAAGGAAACACAAUUGCGGGAUAUUCUCGUCAUCUCACUCGAGGACCAUGCCCGUAGCAUCGAACUUGCUAUAUCCUCUCCUUUCAUCCCUACGCACAUCAAAGAGAUGCUGCGAGCCAGCUUCGAAGACAGCUUUUUGUCGGAAUUGCAUGCGAUAUAUCCUUCGAGAGAUUGGCAAUUGAGAUCUGCAGCAUGGCAGAACACGGAGAUACCGCAGAUGCCUGCGGCGAUGCGUGAAAGAGCACCUAGCGAUGUUCUCACUAUCGACACACAACAUACCGAACAGGCGGCCCAUAAACCUAGAGGUCGACGCGCUUCCAUCAAGAAAAGGUUGAGUUUCUUAAGUUUGGGAAGUAAGGAUAAAAGUAGUGGUGGUGACGGUGGGACGAGGAGCCAUAGCAGGGCGAGCAGUAGGACGAGGUUUUGA